CCAGGGUGCCAAAAUGCCAGCGCCUCUCGGUCAUGAAGAGUUCUUCUCUUCCCUCGCAAACCUCCUCUCCACCACAUCCCAAAACUCCCGGGGCUCCGUAUACCUAAGCCAGAAACCCCUUCCCUCUUCCACUACCUCCUCCGACGCCGAGAGCCAAAGCCAGCGGCCCUCAAUCCUCAUCCGCGCCACGGAUGGGAACACCAACGCGACCAACCCAAAAACCUACAAGGAGAAGAAAUCGCAAAAGAAUACCAAAUUGAAGCUGUCGACUGUGGUGGCUCCAGAGGACCUGGAGGCUUUCUAUGCGCGGUAUGCAGAGGUGUGCAAGGCCGGUAUGACGGGGUUGAAGAAGAGGGAUCGGAAACGGGGGAAAGCGAAGGCGAAGGGUGCGGCCAAGGUUACCAAGGCUUGAAUGUGAUCUUCUCUUCUCUUCUCUUCUCUUCUCUUAUAGUCUAUUUAUCUUCUUGUCUUGUCUUGUCUUCUCUUGUACUGUCUUGCAUGAAUGUGGCGCACUGGGUUUCUCUUUUUGCUUUCUUUGGUGUCUUGAAGAUAUACCUAGCUGUUUAUAGUCUUGCCAAUAGACCACUAUUCAGGUUUC